ACUGUGGGAAGACGAGCUGCAGAGCCCAGUGGAGCCAUCCUUCAGACCUGCGGCCUCCAACCGAGACCCUUCCGGGGCUCUGCGGGUGCAACCCCGGUGGGCAGCUGGGAGGAGCGGUCUCGGCAGCAUCGGGGUGCGCCUCCCGCGGUACAAUCCCGACGGGCGGCGGGGAGGAGGAGGCGGAGAAGCCAUGUGCGCCUCCACCACUGCGGUGCCCAACGCGUCCUGGUGGGCGCCGGCUUACGCCUCGGGGUGCCCCGGCUGCGGCGCCAACUCUUCUGAUGGCCCGGGCCCAGCGCCGCGGCUCGUGGACGCCUGGCUGUUGCCGCUCUUCUUCGCUGCGCUGAUGCUGCUCGGCCUGGCAGGGAACUCGCUGGUCAUCUACGUGGUCUGCCGCCACAAGCAGAUGCGGACCGUGACCAACUUCUACAUCGCCAACCUGGCGGCCACGGACGUGACCUUGCUGCUGUGCUGCGUGCCCUUCACGGCCCUGCUCUAUCCGCUGCCCGCCUGGGUGCUGGGGGACUUCAUGUGCAAGUUCGUCAACUACACUCAGCAGGUCUCGGUGCAGGCCACGUGCGCCACGCUGACUGCCAUGAGCUUGGACCGCUGGUACGUGACGGUCUUCCCGCUACCGGCUCUGCAUUGCCGUACGCCCGGCCUGGCGCUGGCAGUCAGUCUCAGCGUCUGGGUGGGUUCGGCGGCCGUGUGGGCGCCGGUGCUCCCGCACCGCCUCUCGCCCAGGCCGCGCACCUCCUGCAGUGAGGCCUUCCCCAGCCGCGCCCUAGAGCGCGCCUUCGCGCUCUGCAACCUGCUGGCGCUCUACCUGUUGCCGCUGCUUGCCACUUGCGCCUGCUACGCCGCCAUCCUGCGCCACCUGGGGCGGGCCGCAGGGCGCCCGGGGGAGGCACGGUGCCGGGGACACCCUCAGGGGCAGCUGCUGGCGAAGCGCGCGGGCGCGGUGCGGGCCAAGGUCUCGCGGCUAGUGGCCGCGAUGGUUCGGGCGUUUGCCGCCUGCUGGGGCCCCAUGCAGCUGUUUCUGGUGCUGCAGCCGCUGGGCCUGGCGGGUGCCUGGCACCCGCGCAGCUACACCGCCUACGUGCUCAAGAUCUGGGCGCACUGCAUGUCCUACAGUAACUGGGCACUGAACCCACUGCUCUAUGCGUUCCUGGGCUCCCACUUCCUCCAGCCCUUCCGCAGCGUCUGCCCCUGCGCCCCUGGGCGCCUGCGGGCCGGACCCUCAUACUGCACCGCCCCCCAAGCCGAGCUGCACUCCGUGGCAACCCACCCAGCCCCAGCCAGGACACCAAAGCCAGGCAGCAGUGGGCCGGGUGCUGGCAGGCUGGGUGCCCUGGGGCACGAAGUGGCCCUUCUCUGAGCUCAUCUGUGGGGAUGGAGAUGCGCCCUCCAGAGCAAGGCCUGUUUGCACAGCAGCGGCUGUCACUGUGUUCACGUUUUAUUACUAUUGUGCACGAUAAUCCUGG